UAUGUUAUUGGCUGGAGAAAGAAGAAAUGGGGUGUAUUGGUAUGUAGAAAGAAUGGAGAAAUGGGUUGGAAGAGAAUGAGGGUGAGGAAAGGAGAAGAGGGUGAAUAUAGUGCAAACCGUCAAAAUACUUUUUCGUCCUUUUGCCUCGCGUUAUUCGGGGAGAGACAUCUUAUCUGUGAGUUUUGGGGCUGCUCUCUCUGUUAAUCCCUAACCAAAUCAAGCACUAGCUACCGGCCAGCGCUCAAUCUUUCCUCAAAACUCCCCCACUUGUCCUUCCACAAUUUCUCAUCUCAUGCCCACCGAUUAUUAGCACCCAUCCUUAUACACACUCCAAUCCACGCUCAAUCUCUCAAUCUUCCCCAGAAAUUCUCACCCACCAUCACACCCUAUAUGCAUAUCUCUCUCCCAUCAAUUCCCAGACCCACAAACCGUGCAGGUGGAUGGUGACUAGCUACAGAGUUGCACCUCUCCACAGAAGCAGUAUGAAUCACUGUGUUCCAGAUUUUGAAAUUGAAAUGGAUGACGACGAAUACCCGAUACCCACGUCAUCUGAGGUGCCCCGCCAAAAGAAGCCCUCCGUGCCCGAGGACGACAUCAUGGAGCUCUUGUGGCAAAACGGACAGGUCGUGAUGCAGAGCCAGAAUAAUCGGCCUCAGAGAAAACCACCGCCAGAGAGGUACCCCGACAGCGUAAUCCCAGCCGGUCCGUCGACAGGGAGGGAAAUUCGACCCUCGCAACAAGUAGAACAACACUAUCAGAAUCAACAUAUCUUCAUGCAAGAAGAUGAAAUGAUUUCCUGGCUUCACUAUCCCAUCGUAGAUGAUCCUCCCUUCGAUCAAAAUUUCUGCCCCGACAUCCUCUUCCCGCAGCCGCCCACUGUCAAUAACAGUUCCAUGCAGAAUCCUGACCGUACGUCUCCCGCAUCGGAAAUCCGGCAACCAUCGAGGUCGGUCGCUCCUCGGCCGCCGAUUCCACCUCCACGGAAGCCGGAGCAGGUGCGGACGAUGAUACCGAACUUUGCGCACUUCUCCAAACACAAUGCGACAGUUGAAGCGGGACCUUCGAGUUCGAAGACGGCGAUGAAGGAAUUGACGGUGGUAGAUUCAUGCGACACUCCGGCCUUGAUGGCGUCGGCUUCCAGAGUCUCGGAGACUUUCAGAAACUCGGCGGAGCCUACAGAGCACGAUGAGGCUCCUGGAACCCUGAGCACCGCAGGGGCUGCGGCUCCUUCGUCAACGUCGGUCGGCGGAGAUACUGGCUUCAGGGAGACGACAACGUGCGAGAUGAUGGCGACGUCAUCGCCGGGAGGUUCGAGCGAGGCUGCUGAACCGGUGGGGAGACAUGCGGCUGAGGAUCGGAAACGGAAGGGCCGGGAAGCCGAUGAAUCGGAGUGCCACAGCGAGGAUGUCUAUGUUGAAUCUGCUGAAGCCAAGAAACAAAACUGUGGAUCAUCAUCUACUAAAAGAUCACGAGCUGCAGAGGUUCACAAUCUCUCGGAGAGGAGGCGUCGAGAUAGGAUUAAUGAAAAGAUGAGAGCCUUGCAAGAACUUAUUCCUCGCUGCAAUAAGUCCGACAAAGCUUCAAUGCUGGAUGAAGCAAUUGAAUACUUGAAGUCACUGCAGUUACAGGUUCAGAUGAUGUCCAUGGGAUGUGGGAUGGUCCCAAUGAUGUUUCCAGGAAUUCAACAGUAUAUGCCACCAAUGGGGAUGGGGAUGGGCAUGGGCAUGGGCAUGGGCAUGGGCAUGGAAAUGGCACUGAAUAGGCCACUGAUGCCAUUUCCCAAUAUGUUAGCUGCUUCUGCUAUGCCUCCAGCGGCAGCAGCUCAAUUGGGACCAAGGUUCCCUAUGCCUCCUUUCCAAAUUCCUCAUGCCCCUCAACCUGAUUCAUCUAGAACGCAAGCAGCAGCUCCAAAUCAAUCAGAAAAUAAUACGCUUCCUUCCCUUGUCACACCUGAUCCCAACCAGUCACGGAUUCCUAACUUUAGUGAUCCUUAUCAGCAAUGCCUUGGUCCCCACCAGAUGCAUCUGCAGUUCAUGCAGAAUCAGGUAAUGAACAACCCAACUGUCCAAGUACCAGUAAGAGCCAUGGAAAUGCAGAAAAAAAUCAACCAGAGUAACUAUGAGGACGGAACCAGCGAGUGACUAAAAAUGGCGCUUCUCACUGUUGCUAUAGCUGGAACUAGCAACACUGACAAUGGUUAGUAUCCCGGCAUCCUCAGCAGAGCUGCCAAGUUUUGUAGUGCAAGAGAAGGAAGUUUUUUGCUGUUCUCAGUAUCAACCUAAUCUAUACAAACUGCUAACAUGUAAAAUAUUUCCGUUAUAUUUAUCGAGAAAAAACGUCGCCAUUUUCAAGAGGAGGGAUUCUUUAUGUCAUAAUUAAUUAUUCUCGCCCUCUGCUUUCCCCCUCAAAUUCUUGGAAGUGCCUGAGCCACAGAGUCAUUCUGUCCUUAUGAUACGGGAAGAGGAAGCGGAAAGAAGGCGCAAAUACAAAUAAAAGACCCCUUCUUUAUGGAUGGAGCCUCAAUUCUUUGACAGUGAAACAUUUGUGGGGCUUUCCACGAGUGAUUGUCUUUGGUCUAAUUCAAAACUAUAAAUACCUCAAAUGUCAUAACACUAAUGCAUAUACAUUCAUUACUGUGUGCCUGUGUUUUGUUUCUGGUGUUGUAAUUAGUGUAAACCGUUGAUUAAGAAGUUGAA